AUGAUUUCAGAAAACAUCGUUAGAUCCGUUCUAGUGACCGUUCUUCUUAUUCUCAGCCUCGGAAGACUAUUUGUCUUGUGUCGGUAUCCCUCCAAUUGGUCAUGGCACAAAGCCGAUUUAGCUUUGUGUGCCUUGUCUUGUGUUUUCUUCGCUCUUCUCACCGGGUUGUUCUGGAGCGACAGGUUACCAGCAUGGGGUGAAGUGCUCUUCUGGGUUACUUCAAUCUUUCCACCGCUACACGCAUAUCUCCGUAUAAUCUUCCAGCAGCGGGAAAACCCGAACACGCCCCGAUCAUUACGCAUCAUAUAUCCGUAUUUUGUUGCUGUCUCCGCUGUGGCUAAAGUAGCAUUCUCUUUCAUUGGAACCUUUCUCCUCAGCUCUGUUCAUCUGGGUGGCCUUUUUAUUCUCUCUGUGGACUACCUCGGUAUAGCCGCAUGGUAUUGGUGGUUGUUUCAACAGUCAACACUAGGCCGAGCUCAGCUGCGGUGUAUCUCGUGUUAUCUCUCCGUACUAGCACUCCUUUUGCUUGUGGUUGCCAUCAUAGGCAUGCUAGGUGAGACAUGGAUACUUGCAUUGGAGGUAAUCACAAUCAUUCCCACAUUACCAACAGUACUGACACUCGGCAGACCGAACUGA